AGCAACUCAGGAAAAAGUUGCUAGGAAAUCCUCUGAGACUGCAACGUAAGUGUAGGACUGGCAAAGUACAGGUACAUGCUGACCCUCACUUGGAGUGAGGCUGGAGACAUCCAUGGUAACUCGUCCUCCCAAUGGCUAGCAGCAUCUGUGAAUCUGAUGAUCCUUGGCACCUCUGAAGCACGCUGCUGUUGUGUUUGCAACUGGAUAUUGCUUACAUUGUACUGACGUACUGAUUACCUGGCUGGAUAUCGGCUUUAAUAUUUAAUUCUGCACAAGAUAAAUCACCAGGAUAAUAUGGUACGCCUGGGAGAAUGUAAAUGGACUCACAUGUUCCCUUUUCUCAUGGUGUCACUUGUGUAUUCUGCUAAUGCUGAGUAUUCUAACUGUGGUGAAAACGAAUACUACAACCAAACAACUGGAACAUGCCAUGAAUGUCCACAAUGUGAACCAGGAGAAGAACCCUACAUGACAUGUGGAUAUGGCACCAGAGAUGAAGAUUAUGGCUGUGUCCCUUGCCCAUCUGAAAAGUUUUCCAAAGGCGGGUACCAGAUAUGCAGGAGGCACAAGGACUGCGAGGGGUUCUUUAGGGCAACAGUAAUGACCCCUGGAGAUCAAGAGAAUGAUGCAGAAUGCGGGCCUUGCCUUCCUGGUUACUACAUGCUGGAGAACAGGCCAAGGAACAUCUAUGGCAUGGUUUGCUACUCAUGCUCGCUGGCGCCUCCCAACACAAAGGAAUGUACAGGUGUUACUUCUGGGGUGUCAGUCAGUUUUCCAAGUACUUCUGGAACAAGCACUCGUUCUCCUUUCCAGCAUGUGCACAAAGGAGAUCUUUCUGGACAAGGUCACCUUGCUACUGCUCUCAUCAUUGCUAUGUCUACAAUUUUCAUCAUGGCUAUUGCUAUUGUCCUGAUCAUCAUGUUUUACAUUGUGAAAACCAGAACUUCAGCUCAAGCUUGCUGUACCAGCCAUUCAGUGAAGACUGUAGAAGCCCAGGCCAAUAUGCAGGAGGAAAAAAAAGAAGUGCAAGAAAAUGUUGUGAUUUUCUCAGAGAAAGAUGAGUUUGGAAAGUUGACAGCAACACCAGCUAAGGUUGUCAAAAGUGAAAACGAUGCAUCUUCAGAAAAUGAGCGACUUUUAAGUCGUAGCAUGGACAGUGAUGAAGAAGCUGCAAUUGACAAGCAAGGGACUCCAGAGCUGUGCUUGUUGUCUCUAGUGCAUUUGGCUAGGGAUAAAUCUUACACAAGCAACAAAUCAACCGGCAUUCAAAGCCGGAGGAAAAAGAUUCUGGAUCUGUAUGCUAACGUAUGCAGUGUUGCGGAAGGCCUCAGUCCCACGGAGCUUCCAUUUGAUUGCCUAGAGAAGACCAGCAGGAUGCUCAGCUCUACGUAUAACACGGAAAAGGCGAUUGUGAAGACAUGGCGCCACCUUGCCGAGAGCUUUGGACUGAAACGUGAUGAAAUAGGAGGCAUGACAGAUGGCAUGCAGCUCUUUGACCGCAUCAGUACAGCCGGCUACAGUAUUCCAGAACUGCUGACAAAACUAGUGCAGAUUGAGCGGUUAGAUGCUGUGGAGUCUCUCUGUGCAGAUAUCUUGGAGUGGGCACAAGUGAUGCCAAAGCCUGAUCCAGUUGUAGCCUCAUGAUGGGCGCAUAUUGGUGAUCUUCAUUUCCAAAAGGAUUUGGGGAAAAUACAAAACCCUGGAGCCCUGGGUCCCGGAAGGGGACAGACUUUUGAAGGCAUAGAUGGCUUUCAACUUUCAGUAGCAUUUCUGUUGCUCUGAGAAUAAAGUGAGCCAAUGCUUGUUAUUGGGUUGCUGUCAACCGCACUGAAGGACCUCAGCUUGAAGACUUCUUGAAUUGGAAUCACUUGGCCUGGAAAAGAGAGAUUAAUAUUAAUUUCCGGCACAACUCUCAAGCACCGAUACUGAUCAGCCACCAAAUGUCAGUGCUGGCUUUGAAGAAAUCCAAUUUAAUUGCUGUGACUUGAUUUGCUUCAAUCUGCAACAGUUGCUACCAACAUCAGAUAUAGUAGUGCAGGGUACAGAUAAGAAGCUUGCCAGUUUUGCUACACCUAGUGUUUACCUGAUUAUCAGUUUCCUUUUCUGUGUAACACAUAGGCUUUUAAAAAGUCAGCAAGUAUGAGAAUGAAGUUAUAUUGACUUAGGUUAGUUGAAUCCCAAUGUUAUCACAUUUGAGUCCAAGUCUUCCCAUUUCAACAUACAAUAUGUCUCUUGGGCAUGUGUGGUCUGCUGCACAGAAUUCAUAUUUACUAAUGAAAACACAUGCUAAUUAUAAAGUUAGCAGACAUUA